AUGGCUGUCUCUCCAAGCUCAGCUGAAAGCGAACUUCUCGACGAUAUCAAUGAAAGUUGGUACUAUCAGGCAACGAAGAAGGCCCGAUGGAUGGAUUUGAUAGGAGAUUACGCAGGCGAUGAGCCUUUCAUCAUUGAUGGAGAAUCCCUCUUACAAAGUGUCUUAGAUGAUCCUCUCCUCGCCAUUGGGCGUAAUGAUGGCAUCUUUCAGGCUUUACACGCUAUGUACAUCCUCGAGAAUACCCUGAAAAGUUUCGUUUCACGAAAAGCUAACUUUGAGGUUAUUUUUUGGCGCAGACAAACAUCUUUCGUGCACUCUUCGCGACACUUGGCACGACAAAUUCUUCUCAAACAUUUACAGCAACUCUCCAGCAUCGUCCCAAUGCAUCAGUUCGGUGAUCUGCAAGACGAAUUUUGGAAGAAGUAUGAAGCCUCCAGAAAGCCUAUGUUUGUGCUCAUAAGCGAUAGCGUCCCCAACCGCGACGGUCCCGCUGAUAGUCUUCACCCUGGCUACAUCGCGUGUCAACGGAACUUCAUCUUCGAAAUCCUAUCCUUUGGCUUACCUGUAGCUUUACUCAACGGGUUGGAGUUCAGAGACUCCAAGAUCUUGUCCUUCAUCAUUGAAAGGACGUCUGCUACUAGGAACUCUGUCCCUCCUUGGCCUCCAGUCGCACCAAUAUACAAUCAAAUGGAUCUUGUUAGCCAAAAAUAUGGCGUCUCGGAGAUAUUUCAGUGUUCUGGACCGUUGUCUUGUACACAUGAAGUACUUGAAAAGAUCUGUCAGCUAUUCUUCGCUGAUGAUUCAUUCUUUGGGUCCAUAAGUUCGUCUCAGAAACCUUUAAUGGAAGAACUUUUAGCUGCAUUUCUUCUUCACAUCUUCAACCUUCCGGAGCUGCCUCUGAAGGCUCGAAUUCAAUCCCCCAUCGAAGUCCAAUCGGAUUUGCAGGACACUUUGCGACAGUCUUUCCUCCCCCGGCUUUUCUUUUCGGCCUCUUCCGUUCUCCAAAAGGCCACUGUUGGUCUGGAUAUCGAUCUCCGCAUCUUUUUCGUACUCCUUCAGUAUCUCAGCCGUGGAACGCCUUUGGCUUCAGCUGUUCGCGCUGAUAUCAUCACACAGGCAAAGAAUAUUUGGCCCGAUGACUGGGAGAACGAUUCAGAUCUAGAAGCAUGGGAUGCAUCUGACUCCGAAUCUAAAACGAGCCCUCCGGAGCCCAUUCUGAUAUCCACAUCUCAAACGCAAACUCAACUCCUACCGUUCUCCCACCCCGUCUUCGACAAGGCACUCCCUUCACUCAAAAUCCCCACCGCCGCUGACGAUCAACCACUUAAGUCGAGCGAAUUCCUCAACUUUUCGGUAUUGUUUUCGGAUACACGUCACUGGCAUAAUAGCAAGAAGAUCAUCGCCCCUGGCGAGAAGCCUCCGGUCGUGAAUUGGCGUGUUCUCCGUUCCAACCAGCGGUAUAUUGCCAAUUUGCAACGCCAAGCGGAAACAUUGACGGGAGCGUCGGGCAGAGGGCUUCAACAGAUUACUAUUACUGUUGAUUCUGCAGCAUCGAAGAAGCAUGAAAACGGUCCUAACCUCCUUACAUUUCAGAAGAUUAAGACGACGAAGCCAGUCAAACUCACAAAGAAGGAACAGCUGAAGAAGGAUAUCCAGGAAAAGAAAGAUGCUGAGAAGGAGAGCCAGACACGACAAUGGUUCCUUAAUCAGCUGAACGCUAUGUCCGACAAGUCGACCCAGCAGAAGCUCGAACUAUUGGAACAACUGACUCGUAGUCCCCGUAUGUCUGACCCUUGGCUUGCCGUCGAGCAUCUCAUGUACAAGGUGCAUCUUCUCCUCAAGAUGUGGAUUGAAGACCCCGAUCACGAAAAAGACUGUGUUCGAGAUCGUUAUACCGUAACAAUCAUGCGACUCGUGAAGAAUAUCUGUGACAAAGGUGCUACUACUGCAGCGCGAGGGAAAGCGUUAUCUGCAGUCCUGACGAGUUUUGGUUUCUCGACCUACAUUGACGAGUUCGUUACGAUAGCAGAGCUGCCAACGCCUUGUCCGUUGGCCUUCGACUUUGUGAAGCUGGUUCGAUCCAAGGGAGACGUUCUUUAUCCCUGGAUGAAGAUAACCGAGCAUCCUAUUGUCUGGCAGCUCCGACUCUUUGGACCAUAUUUGGACCGUUCUAUGGAUGGUAGUUUUGAUAGGCGUGUCAAUUUUGAUCCUGAUGCCUGGCAAAAGAAUGCUCUGGAUUGCAUCGAUGAUCCCGACCAUUCUAUGCUUGUCGUUGCUCCUACUAGCGCCGGAAAGACAUUUAUCUCAUUCUAUGCGAUGGAGAAGGUUUUGCGCGAGUCAAACGACGGGAUUCUGAUCUACAUAUCCCCGACGAAGGCGCUUGUCACUCAGAUUGCUGCCGAGGUUUACGCCCGUUUCAACAAAAAGGUUCCCAAUGGGAGUUUGUGGGCAGUCCAUACAGGGGACUACCGUAUCAAUGAACCGCACAACUGCCAGAUUCUUAUCACCGUGCCAGAAAUACUUUCGACUAUGUUGUUAUCUGCUCCACUUGCUUCCAAAUGGACACCUCGAAUCAAAAGAAUUGUUCUCGACGAGAUUCAUUGCAUCGGUCAGCAGAAAGGAGGUUCUGUUUGGGAGCAAAUCAUCCUUCUAGCCCCAUGUCCAAUCAUUGGAUUGUCGGCAACCAUUGGAGCACCGGAGACCUUCAACGACUGGCUUGCAUCAGUUUCACGAACGCAUGGAUAUAAGCACACAUUCAUUCAGCAUAAACACCGCUAUUCGCACCUUCGAAAAUUCUUCUAUCGUCUGGAUGGAUUGGAGAGCCUACGACCAUUUCAAGGACACGAAUCAUACAAGCCGACAUCUAGGAUGAGGUUCCUCCAUCCGUUGUCAACAUUGGCCUUUGGUCCGCGGGAUCUGCCAGAGGAUUUAUCGCUCGAGCCUUCUGAUACGCUGUCGCUCUAUGGCGCAAUGAGCCAACACGAGGAUCUGUCCAUUAAGUUGGUCAGGCUUGACCCUAUUCGAUUCUUUUCCUCUGUCAAAGGAUUGUUGAAGCAAAAGGACAUCCUGCAAUAUGAAACUGAUCUCAAGAUUACGCUCGUGGAUCUACCACUGUCGUCUCGGACCGAAGUUAUCUACGAUCUUGCAGACAAAGACAUCCCGCAAGGCCCAGAUGAUAAGGAACCUAGCCGCCAGAGCUUCGAGAGGGGACUUUUACCGCUCGUUGCUGACCUUCAUGCUCGCGGGCAACUGCCUGCCAUCCUAUUCAACUUUGACCGAGCCGACUGUGAAGAUGUUGCAGAGUUGCUUCUGAAAGAACUCAUGGAGUCAGAGUUGGCCUGGAAAUCAAGUAGCCCAGAGUGGCAAAGGAAAUGUCAGCAAUGGCAGAAGUGGAAGGAUAGCUCCAAGGCUCGCAUCCGUGAAGAUAAUAGGGCGAAGAAAUCGAAGCGUAAGCCUGAUCCUGAUGUCAUCGAACAUUCGGCCGCGACAGAAGCCCCAGCAUGGGAAAGCACUUUUGAUCCUGAUGCACCGUUGGACAAUUUCUCGUUUGCGGGUUAUUACUCUGUCGAAGAUUUGAACGACUCGAUCAAUGGUAUCUGGUCGGGGUACUGGAAAUUCAAGCCCGCACUAUUGGCUGCACUUCGACGGGGGAUAGCAGUUCACCAUGGCGGGCUGAAUAAGAUUUAUCGAAGCUUAGUUGAGAACCUAUUCCGGCGGGGAUAUAUCCGAGUCAUGAUCUCGGAUGGGACGCUUGCCCUUGGUAUCAAUGCACCUACGAGGACUUCUGUGUUCUGUGGCGACUCACCUAGUCUUUCGGCUCUUAUGUUUCGUCAAUGCGCAGGUCGUGCAGGUCGCCGUGGAUACGAUCUAUUGGGAAACGUCGUCUUUUAUGGGCUUACUCUCGAUCGAGUGCAACGUCUUGUACUAUCUAAAUUGACUUCCUUAGGAGGCACAUUCUCGUUAACCCCGACACUGACAUUACGGUUAUUCAGCCUGCUGUACGGCUCAAACAAUGCGAAAGUGGCCGUAAGUGCCAUCCAGAGCUUGAUGGAGCUACCGCAGAUCAGCUUUGGGUCACAGACUGGGAAAAACCAACUACUUUAUCACCUACGCUUCAAUAUUGAGUAUCUUCGCCGAAUACAUCUUCUGGAUCGGGACGGAAAGCCCAUCAAUCUCUAUGCGGUCUCGGCGCAGCUCUAUAAUACCGAACCGAGCAAUUUUGCAUUGCCAAUCCUUCUUCGUGGAGGAAUACUGCAUCGAAUAUGCGCAGGACCAUCACCAAAGUACAACUUUAUCCUCCUCAUGUGCUACCUUUUCGGGCGUCGGUACUUGGCCAGCGCAGCUGCGAAUACUCAGAAUGUAAAGAAACUCCAAGCUCUCGUAGUUCGCUUCCCGUCUAUAAUCAUUCUUCCUCCUCUUCGCGUCGACGCGCGCAAAGUCCUCGAGGAACAUGAUAGAGAAAUCCUCGGGAUUUUCACAGAGUACACCAAGGCCUAUACGUCUCAGUAUUGUUCAGAACUUGGCCCCGACGACAUGCUUCCUCUCAGUGGGAUAAAAUAUACGGGCACCCCCUCCACUGACGGCUUCCGUGCGCACCUGGAAAAUCAUAUCCAACCUGUCUCUGUGCGAUCCAGCUUCGUGGCCACGUCAGGGCAUUUCGAUGAAUUUCGCUCGGUCGAAGAGCUGGUGCGGUCUGCUCGCUCUGGCCUUCAUCUCAACGAGCUUGCCAUCCCGUCAAUGACCCGAUUUACAGCCGUACAGGGCAACACUUUCGGUUCUGAGCAUGCCCUCAACGCGUAUCUACUCGAUUUUUAUACGCAUGGCCAAACUUCUGCCCUAGAAAGCGCUAACGGUAUUCAGCGAGGCGAUGUCUGGUACCUCUUACGGGAUUUCGAGCUUAACUUGAUGGUGGUCAAAUCAUCUUUGGAACAGCUCCUGACAGACGCAUCUAUUGAAUCUGGAAAAGCUGCCGCUCCGUCUGACGAUGUGGGGUCAUCGGACGGUGAUUUCAUGGCCGAUCCAGCAGAGGCAGACGAGCUUUCAGAUGAUGGUGGGGAUGUGGACGGCUUCAAAAGAUCACCUGGAACGAGCGCUGAGGACUGGCGUAUGUAUGAGGUCGUAAGGGAUGCUACAGGAGAAUUUAAUGAAAAGUUUAAGAGCAUGUGGGCUUGAUGUGCAUCGAUAGAAUGUGUAUAGACACAGUAUAUUGCCUAAAUCACAACCUCUGCGCCUGAUAUGUGUACUUACAGUGAAAACACUUAUGACUCAGUAAUUUCGCCGGUGCAUUAACCGACCUCUAGAAUUUUCUAGGUCAUUAUACUCUAUACAGGAAG